UGUUAAAUGAGCCGCGAACACAUUAAGCGUUUGAAACAUAACGUUCAUGAGGAGUUUUGAGUCUUAAAAAAAGAGAUGGGAAAGCUCAACUUUUAUGUCCUUUGGUCCCUGCGUGACGCGCCGCGACAGUUUAUCAGCAAAUCAAACCGAGGAUGCUUCCACGUCCACGUCCCGCUGCCUCUGCCCAAACAACUGGUGAUCUUCGGUCUGGGCGACUGGGGUCGGGACGAGACCAUCUCCGCGCAAGUCGUGGUCGACGCUGACGUGCGGCCUCAAAACAUUGGCACAAUCUCGUCUCAAAUCAAGUGCUUGACGUUUGAGGGCGGCUGGAGUCCUGAUAUCCUGGCGGUGGCGGAACAAAAGGGCAGGAGAGGAGUUUAUGGCAAGAUAUUGCUCACAGUGUGUGGACAGGAGCAAGGCAGCAUCUUAAGCAGCAGUACUCCACUGGCCCAGAGGAAAUGUCUGUUCCCAGAGCAGCUCAGUGCCGGAGAUCUCUCAUGCACUUCCCAGCUAAGUGUUGCAGAGACCACGGGAACCCUCAACUCUUCACAGCUUGCCAACAGUGUUUGCUAUGGUGAUAUCCAGGCUAAUAAAGUGGAAACCAGCACUUCAGCCAUGGAAAGUAAACUUUCACUUUGGCCUACGGAUGAGACCCCUAAACGGACUGUAAUCGGCAAAAGAGGCCGUGUAACGUGGAGCACCGAGGAUAGGGACCGUUCCGUUGAGGGCGAUGACCAAGCUUUGACUCCCAAGAGAAUGAGGCUUUCCCGAAUGAACAGCCAGGAAGAACUGACUGAGCAGAUAAAAACAAAGGAUAGAGAAGUUUCAGCGUGUCCGUCAAAUCGAUGGAGCCACACGAUGUGCCUCAGCGACCCAGACACUGCCAUUCUUAUUGGUGGAGAAACUUCGGAUCAGAAAACCUGUAAGGACUCCUUAUGGAAGCUGGAGUUAGACCAUGAUUUCUGGUACCCAAUGAGCUCCUCCACGUGCGGACCUGCGCCUCCUUGCACCAGGGGGAACUCUGCGACUUAUGACCCCGAAUCGAAGGCCGUCUAUGUUUAUGGUGGACUGACGGAGGGCCAGCGCAACAGCGAGUUGUACAUCCUUAAUACUCUGACCUGGAGGUGGAAGCUUGUCACAACUAAAGGGAAUGUUCCCACCUUGGCGUAUCACUCUGCUGUUUUUUACAAGAAGGAGCUUUUUGUCUUUGGUGGGGUUCAUGCAAGUCAGUCUUCUGGAGAAAAGACAUGCAGUAAUGCUCUUUACAUCUUCAACCCAGAGUUUCAACUGUGGUAUAAGCCCAUAGUGGAGGGAGACAAACCUCUGCCUCGCUUUGGCCACUCGAUCACACUUCUGUCACACAAGCUGAUCAUAUUUGGUGGUCGGAAAACUGCCACAUAUCUAAAUGACCUCCAUAUCCUUGACCUGGGUUUUAUGGAGUACACAGCUGUGAAGUAUGGGAACAUGCCACCAGUGCCUCGAGGGUUUCACGCUGCCCUCCCAGUUUCCGACAACAGGAUUUUAGUGAGUGGGGGCUGCAGCGCAAUCGGAGCCUUGCGAGAUGUACAUGUCUUCAAUACCGACACCAACCUGUGGAGUUCCGUGGCAUCGUCCGAGUUGAGUUUCAAGCCUCGUGCUGGACACAGCAUGAUUCAUUUAACCUCAUCAACAACUCCGGCAGACUCACUGACACAGAGGCAGGAUGAAUCUGUCAAAGUCCACUGCACACUGCUUGUGUUUGGUGGCUCAGACUGCUCCGGUACUUUCUACAAUGAUAUGGUUAAGUGUGCAGUGGAGAUUCCUUUAUAAUUAGUUUUUUUUUUUUAAUCCGAAAGGACACUAAAGUAAGUUUUUAUAAUGUGUUAUUGUUGUGUUUGCAAAAUGGCCUUUGACUAUAAUGCGUCAUUUGCAGGCGAGUCCUCUUUUAGCGCCAGACGUACCAUAAUUAUCCAUACUUCCUCCAAGCAGCUGAUAUGCUGCGGUAUGUCACACUUUGCAUAACAAAUCAGUCAUUUGCAUAGUAGCCGUGUGGUCAACUGACCAAGUAAUAAUGAUGUUAAUAAAUGUCCACGUUGUCUAA